AUGGGCUCUAUCUCCCUUGAUAACGGGCCUACAGGCAGUGGCCCAACUGACAAGUUCGAGCCACUCGCCAUUAUUGGCCUUGACACUCGUUUCCCGCAAGAAGCGACGACCACGGAGAAACUAUGGGAGUUUCUGCUGCGCGCGCGGUCUGCGAUGACCCCCUUUCCACCCGAACGGCUCAAUGCAGAGGCAUUCUAUCAUCCUGAUCCGGAACAUGGCGGCACUUUCGCUGUUAAGGGCGGCCAUUUCUUGACGGAGGAUCCGACCUGUUUUGACGCCGCCUUUUUCAAUGUCAUCAAGACGGAGCUUCUCACCCUGGAUCCGCAGCAGCGUCUGGUCAUGGAGAGCGUCUAUCACGCUUUGGAGAAUGCGGGCAUUCCCAUGCACAAAGCGAUGGGAUCGAAAACCGCCGUUUUCGCCAGUGGCUUCAAUCACGAUCACCUGUCUCUUCUGAAUUCCGAUCCCGAGAGCACCAUCAAAUAUAAACCGACGAGUGUCACGAACUCCAUCAUCUCCAACCGAGUCAGCUGGUUCUUCGACUUUAAGGCUCCCAGCGUGACCAUUGAUACUGCUUGCUCGAGCAGCAUGGUUUCUCUGCAUCUCGCUGCCCAGAGUCUGCAUUCGGGCGAAAGUGACAUGGUAAUCGUCAGUGGAGUCAACAUCGUCGAGUUCCCAAUAGACAUAGUUGGCAUGAGCCAUCAUGGCUUCCUGGGAGCAGACGGGCGAUGCUUCACUUUUGACCACAGAGCAAAUGGAUAUGCUCGAGGCGAGGGAGUAGGCACUUUGGUUGUCAAGCCACUCUCCGCCGCAGUUAGAGAUGGCGACACUAUCCGUGCGGUUAUCCGUGGCACAGGCGUGAACCAGGAUGGAAGGACGCCUGGAAUCAGCCUUCCAAGCGCCGCAGCGCAGGAGAGAUUGAUUCGCGACGUUUACGAGCGUGCUGGUCUGGAUUUGAACGACACCAUGUUUGUCGAAGCCCACGGAACGGGUACCGCCGCCGGGGAUCCGAUCGAGGCUGGAGCCAUCGCGAGCUCAUUCCGAUCGCGAAGGAAAGACAUCCCGCUCUACGUCGGUGCCAUUAAGUCCGGAAUUGGACAUCUGGAGGGAGGCUCUGGGAUCGCCGGCAUCAUCAAGUCUGUCUUGAUCCUAGAAAAUGGAAUCAUCCCUCCCAAUGUCAACUUCGAGAAGGUCAAUCCCAAGAUUCCCACGAAGAAGUGGAAUAUCGAGUUUCCACUCGAGAAUAUACCCUGGCCGACCCCAGGGCUGCGGAGAAUCUCGGUGAAUUCGUUCGGUGUUGGCGGAACGAACGCUCAUUGUAUUUUGGAUGAUGCAUAUCACUUCCUCAAGGAACGCAAUCUGUCAGCGCCUCACAAUACGAGACCUGAUGUUCCGACACGUGAGGAGAUAGCUCGCCUCGUUGCAUUGCUUGAUAAAGCGAACGGGUCAGCAAAUGGAGAAAAUCCUGUUAACGGGAACACUCCAGAAGCAAAUGGUGUUCACAGCGAGAGUCUCGCCAACGGAGUGACUUCAAACGGCGUCAAUGGGACACGCGAUGAUCCCGAGCUUGCUGUGCUAAAGCUAUUCGUGUUGUCGGCAUUUGACGAGGAUGGCAUCAAACGGAAUGCGUCUGCAAUCUCCGGCUAUCUGCAAGAGAGAACAUCCUCAUCGACAACACUCCUGGACGACCUUUCGUUCACACUGUCGAACAAGCGGUCCAGCUUCCCUUGGAAGAGUUUCGUUUUGGCGUCCUCUGUCAAAGAACUUGCAGCCAGCCUCGCCGAGGAAAAGUUCUUCAAACCGACGCGGGCUCGAAACCCGCCAGCCAUUGGAUUCGUUUUCACGGGACAAGGGGCCCAGCACUACGCGAUGGGCAGGGCGCUCCUGGUGUAUCCUGUCUUUCGAAAGUCUCUGGAAGAUGCUUCGGAUUAUAUGAAAUCUCUGGGAAGUCCAUGGACCUUGAUGGACGAAUUGCUAAAAGAUCAAGAGUUUUCCAACAUCAAUGCUCCUGAGAUUGCUCACCCAAGUUGCGCUGCGAUCCAGAUUGCCUUGGUUGACCUGUUGGCUAGCUGGGGUAUAUAUCCCGGCCGAGUCACUGGGCACUCUUCUGGGGAAAUCCCAGCUGCGUACUGCGCUGGUAGAAUCUCACGAGAAGGCGCUUGGAAGGCUGCCUAUUACCGUGGAUACGUCUCGUCCAAGCAACUUGCGGCGAAAGGCGCCAUGAUCGCGGUCGGCAUGAACGAAGCGCAGUUACGAUCAUACCUGGAGAAGGUCCACAGCACCUACCCUGGAGAACUUAUUAUUGCCUGCUACAACAGCCCGAAGAAUAAUACCGUUUCUGGAGACGAAGUCAUGGUGGACGCGCUGAAGGAAUUGCUGGAUGCCGAUGGGGUCUUUGCUCGGAAGCUGAACGUCAAGAAUGCCUACCACUCUGCUCAUAUGAAGGAGAUCGCGGACGAAUACCUGCGUCUUAUGGGGGACCUUUCAUCUGGACAAUAUUUCAACUCGCCUCAUGAAAUCCACAUGUUCUCAACCGUCACUGGACGACAGAUAGACGGCAAGACUCUCGACGCCCAGUACUGGGUGGAUAACAUGGUGUCGCCGGUGCGUUUUACCGACGGCUUCACGGCGAUGUGUUUCCAGAAAAACACGACCGGUCAAGCACACCUGCGGAUGAAUGCUACCGCCGAAAACAUUUUCGCAGACCAUGUGGUCGAAAUCGGGCCUCAUUCAGCCCUUCAGAGCGCCAUCAAGGAAACCAUCGCUGCCAAGGGCAGCCAGUCGUCCAUCGUGUACUUGCCCGUUCUGAAUCGGAACGACAACAGCACUCGGGUGCUCUUGACGACGGUUGGAACUCUGAGCUCGAAGGGCAGUCCUGUUGACAUCCUCACUGUGAACUCGGCCCCCCAAACCUCUGAGCGGAAGCCCAAGAUGUUGGUGGAUCUUCCACCUUAUAGCUUCAACCAUUCCUCCAAGACCAUGUACGAAAGCAGACUGAGCAAGAACUACCGCUUCAGGAAAUUCCCCAGACACGAUCUCUUUGGAGCGCCUGUGGCGGACUGGAAUGCGGAAACGCCUCGAUGGAGGCAUUUCAUCAGGCUGCAUGAGAAUCCCUGGUUGAAAGAUCACAUGGUGACCAACAACUAUAUCUACCCCGGAGUGGGCUAUCUCAUCAUGGCCAUCGAAGCUUCAAGACAGAUGGCAGAUCCCGGUGCAGAGAUUACCGCAUUCAGGCUGAAAAACGUCGCUAUCAAGCGAGCGCUCAUUAUUCCCGACACGAAGGAAGGAAUCGAAACGUGCAUAUCGCUGACAAGGAUGGACGAAUCCAGUCUGUGGGGCUCUUCGGUAUGGAAGCGGUUCCAGAUCACUUCCUACAAUCCUAUCGGCGAUGACUGGAUCGAGCACUGCACGGGCUACAUUGCCGUGGACUACAAAACAACCCCCGGGCCGGUUGAUGCCGGCCGCGAGGAACGAGCAGAGCGUGAGGCGUGGAAGCAGGCGUUGCGGGAGGUUUCCGAGACGUGUCAAGUGCCAGUAGACUUCAAAAAGUCUUAUGAGAAUCUCCAGACUGCGGGAUUGGUGUUUGGCCCGCUCUUCAGGAACCUGUCCAACGUCAAGGCCAGUGGGAAGAACCUGGGAUCUGUCACCGGAACUGUGACUGUUCCGGAUAUUGCCAGCUCGAUGCCCAAGAACUAUGUCCAUCCGCAUCUCAUCCACCCAGCUACUAUGGACAGCAUGCUCCAUCUGUUCCUCGCAGCGGUGCUUGACUUUACCGGGAAGCCAACGUUGGAGAAAGCGGCCGUCCCGACGUUUAUCAAGGAAGUGUGGGUUUCCGCAGAGCUCAAUUCGCAGCCAGGACACGUCUUCCGCGGCCACGGAAAGGCAUCGUUGAUCGCUUACGACAAGUUCGAGUGCGACGUGAAGGUCUGGGACGGACAGGUGGACGAGGGCCGCAUCCAGAUCAAGGGCAUUCGAGUGACUCCGCUCGAGUCUGGGAGCGCAGGAAACAGUCAAGUUCGGAAACUGUGCCACCAGCUUGAAUGGAAACCGGCGAUCGAUCUGCUCGAUUCUUCCUCUGCGCGGAGUCUCACCUCCCUCGAACAACCAGACGCUGAAAAGGAUCGCUACUGGGUGAAGCGCUACCAACUCGCCACCAUGCUUCUUGUGACCGACGCGCUGGCGGCACUAGAAGGAUUCAACGUCGACUCACUUGAAGGGCAUUUCCGUAACUAUUAUGAGUGGAUGAAGUACAAUGAGGAGAAUCUGAAGAGAGACGCCAUCACUCAGUUGACACUUGCAGAAUUCGAGGCAGCCGCUGCCAACAAGGACCUCAAAGAGGCGCUGUACUGCGAGGUAGAGGGCCAUAGUGCUGAUGGUGCGCUGGCAGUCCGAAUGGGGACAAACAUCGUCCCCGUGCUGAAAAAGGAGAUUGAUCCCUUGCAUCUCAUGUUCGGGCAGGAUGAUCUCAUGGACCGCGUUUACGAUGAAGUCGUCAAUCUAGGUGAUCUGCCCGUUCACCUGAAAAAUUAUCUAUCUGUUUUGGGCGAUAAUCGCAAUGACCUCAAUAUCCUUGAGAUUGGCGCUGGGACUGGCAGCUCCACUGCUGCGAUCCUCGAUGUUCUAUCUCCGCAAUCAGCAAAGACGGAGCAGGCAACCGGUGCAUCGAAGAUUGCAUCGUAUAUGUUUACUGACAUCUCCGCUGGCUUUUUCGAAAAAGCCAAGGAGAGAUUCAAAGCCUGGAGCAAUAUCAUGACAUUCAAGACACUGAAUGCCGAAAAGGAUCCCACGAGCCAAGGGUUUGGCUCUGGUACUUACGACUUAAUUGUCGCAGGCAAUGUUAUCCACGCCACUGCCGAUCUGCGCAAGACGUUGAAAAACUUGAGGCUCCUGCUCAAGCCCGGAGGUAAGAUCCUCAUGCAUGAGGGUUCGCGACAGGACUUCCUCUGGUCACAGAUCGCCUUCGGCCAACUCCCGGGAUGGUGGCUUGGUGUCGAACCCAGUCGCAAGUGGUGUCCCUUCGUCUCGCCUGCUGAAUGGGAUGUCAUUCUCCGUGAUUCCGGUUUCUCGGGUGUGGAUAUUGAAUUCCCCAGCUCUCAGAAUCCUGACUUCACGAGUCAGAGCAUUCUUAUUUCCUCUGCCGUUGAGCGAGACUCUGAGAAGGAAAACCUGCCUAAACAAGUUGUUCUCAUCAGUCACGACACGCCUCAUGAAAAAGACUCAGCUUCUGCACUGGCAAAAACACUUCGAAGCCAAUUCCAUAUUGACAACGUGACCAUUAUCCAGCCUGCUGACCUGAGGAAUAUCGACACAAGCAGCGCCAUCUGCAUAUCUCUCCUAGAACUCGAACGCCCUUUCCUUCAUGGAAUGAGCGAAUCAGACUACCUCAGCAUCAGGAAGUUGCUCUCCACAUGCAAAGGAUUAUUGUGGAUUACUGGGGACCCACUCAUCACGCCUGAGUUGGAUAUGAUUUCAGGUCUCCUCCGGACUGUGCGGUGGGAGCGCGACCUGGAAGCUGCGAACUUGGUGAACCUUGCCGUUCGACAACAGCAGCAGAUCUCGGCCGAAGCGCUUGUCGAGGUGAUAGCCAAGAUAUUCAAGCACCAGUUCGUGGACGCCAUCGAGGGCAACGCCAAUGCCGAGUAUCUUUUCCAGGACGGCAUGCUAUACACCAGCCGUCUUGUCGGCUCCGACGCUGGAAACGACUUCUUAGCUUCGAAAUUCGCAAAACCAACGCCCCAGAUGAUUCCAUUUGGUAAGAGUGGUCGCCCCAUCAAGCUCAGCACUUCGGCUCCAGGGUUGUUGAGCAAGUUGGAAUGGGUCACAGAUACCGUUUACUAUGAGCCGUUGGGAGAUACCCAGGUGGAGAUUGAUAUCCGUGCUGUUGGUCUGAAUUUCCGCGAUUUGAUGAUCGCAAUGGGUGAGCACAUGGCGUAUAGUCUCGGCAAUGAAGCUGCCGGUGUUAUCACAAGGGUGGGCGCUGCUGUUGACAAGUUCAAACCCGGUGACCGUGUCGUGUAUCUGUGCGGUCUCGAGAGCACGGGAUGUUUCCACACGUUUGGACGAGUUGACCAGAAUGUGGUUGUCAAGAUCCCCGAUGACCUCAGCUACGAAAUAGCUGCGGGUCUGCCCUGUGUUUAUGCCACGGUAAUCUAUGGCCUGCAGGACGCCGCUAGGCUGUCGAAAGGCGAGACCAUUCUCAUCCAUGCUGCAGCCGGUGGCGUGGGACAAGCUGCGAUCCACUAUUCCAAGAUGGUUGGCGCUGAGAUAUAUGCGACUGUCUCGACGCCUGAGAAACGGAAGCUCUUGAUGACGGAAUAUGGAAUCCCUGAAGAUCACAUAUUCUCCAGUCGAGACCUUUCUUUUGCCAAGGGCAUCAUGAGAUGCACCAAGGGCAAAGGUGUCGAUGUGAUUCUGAACUCUCUCUCCGGAGAAGCCCUGCGACAAUCUUGGGAGUGUCUUGCACCCUUCGGCCGAUUCGUCGAGAUUGGCAAGAAAGAUGCACAGGCGCAUGGAAAAGUGGAAUUGACCCCGUUCCUGAGAAAUGUGACCAUGACGAGCGUGGAGUUGCCAACCAUGAUGCGCCACCGACCCCGGCUGAUUGCUCGACUGACAGAGGAUACCGUACGGCUGUACAGCGAAGGCAAAAUCAAGGAGGCCAAGCCCACGACGAUCAUGAACUAUUCACAAGUGGAAGAGGGGCUCCGUCUGCUGCAGUCCGGCAAAGGCAUGGGCAAGAUGAUCUUCGUUCCUGGGAAGGAUGAUAUGAUACCUGUUGUCCCAGAAAUCCCGCCUCCAUACCAAUUCCAAGAAGAUGCUUCCUACGUCAUGGCAGGAGGCUUCGGCGGACUGGGACGCAGCAUAGCGCGCUGGAUUGCCUCGCGAGGCGCCAGGCACCUGAUCUUCCUUUCGCGAUCUGGCCGGAUCACGGAAGCUGUGGAGGAGAUGGUCAAGGAUCUGGAAGAAAAGGGGUGUCGCGUUCGGAUCUUCACCUGUGAUGUGUCUGAUAAGGAUCGACUGAGAUCCGUCAUCGAUGAAUGUGCUGCAUCCAUGCCCCCGAUCAAAGGCUGCAUUCAAGGCGCCAUGACGCUGAAGGAUGGAAUGUUUGAGAACAUGUCCUACGAGGACUGGCAAACGGCCGUCAAGCCCAAAGUCCAAGGAUCCUGGAAUCUGCAUGAGAUUCUCCCUCGUGACAUGGACUUCUUCCUGAUGCUGUCGUCCGCGACGGGCAUCCUGGGCAACCGCAGCCAGGCCAACUACGCCGCGGGCAACACCUACCAAGACGCAUUGGCGCGGUAUCGAGUGUCGAAGGGCUUGCCAGCCGCCAGUGUCGAUCUCGGAAGCGUCUUGUCAGUCGGCUUCGUGGCCGAGAACCAGGAUUACGCGCGACAUACGACGGCGGUCCUCGAGGUCCUUCGUGAGGAUGAAAUCCAUGCCAUUGUCGAGUUCCUCAUCGACCCGCGGCAUGCGUCCGACGCAACUCGCCAGCUGAUCUUUGGUCUGACGACCGGGACGAUGUACCAUGAGCGCGGCGUACCACCGCCCUCAUACCUGGGCUACCCUCUGUUCACGCACCUGCGCAAGACGUCGGCCUCUCGCAGCCAGAACUCGGAGGAGAACCCGACGUACCUGGUGCAGGCGCUCCUCAGCGCGGCAUCCACGCUUGAGGAGGCCGUCAACGUGGUGUCCCAGGGGAUCCGGAACAAACUGGCCUCGCUGCUGGCGAUCCCCGUCAACAACAUCGACCCGGCUAAGUCCAUCAGCUCCAACGGCGUCGAUUCUCUCGUCGCCAUGGAAUUCCGCACCUGGCUGGUCAAGGACCUGGGCGCGGAUAUCCCGCUGCUGGACAUCAUGGGCACGAGCAGCAUCACGACACUCAGUCACAAGAUUGCAAGUGUGAGCAAGUUGGCGCAGUUCUCGACUGCCCCACCUAAGGCGGGCUGA